AUGUCGACUAUAUCACCCUCAGCGCUUCAGAAUCUUGAUCCAGAAAGCAGAAAAGAGAUGAUGCAAUUCGUCGAAGCUGAACAAUCAAAGUCAAAAGUUCAAUCAUCGAUACAUAGCUUCACUGAUAUGUGUUUUAAGAAAUGCAACAAAGAUAAGCCAAUAACAUCUUCAACUUUGGAUGCAAACGAAGAGCAGUGUUUGGUAAACUGUUUGAAUAGGUUUUUGGAUACAAACAUCAAAGUUGUUGAAGCCUUACAAGGUAGAUAA